AUGGUGUUGUUUGGAUUGGGUAGAUUAUUUUACGUCAUUUUAUUACUGAUCAAUGCUGUUGCAGUGCUGAGCGAAGAAAGGUUCUUAAGAAGAAUUGGCCUAGGGAGGUCAAAUGAUGAGGCGCCUGUUUUUGGUCAGGAUCAAAAUACCACGAAGUCCAAAGUUGUUCAACUAAUUGGCGCCGUACAGACGUUACUGAGGAGUAUGUUAAUUUAA